AUGGAACAGACAUAUCAAUAUGCGUGGAUCAUACCUUUCGUUCCACUUCCAGUUCCUGUGUUAAUAGGAGUGGGACUUCUUCUUUUUCCGACAGCAACAAAAAAGCUUCGUCGUAUGUGGGCUUUUCCGAGUAUUUUAUUGUUAAGUAUAGUCAUGAUUUUUUCAACUAAUCUGUCUAUUCAGCAAAUAAAUAGCAGUUCUAUCUAUCAAUAUGUAUGGUCUUGGACCCUCGAUAAUGAUUUUUCUUUAGAAUUCGGCUACUUGAUCGAUCCACUUACUUCUAUUAUGUCAAUGUUAAUCACUACUGUUGGAAUUAUGGUUCUUAUUUAUAGUGAUAAUUAUAUGGCUCACGAUCAAGGAUACUUGAUAUUUUUUGCUUAUAUGAGUUUUUUCAGUACUUCCAUGUUGGGAUUAGUUACUAGUUCGAAUUUGAUACAAAUUUAUAUUUUUUGGGAAUUAGUUGGAAUGUGUUCCUAUCUAUUAAUAGGGUUUUGGUUCACACGACCUUCUGCGGCAAAUGCUUGUCAAAAAGCCUUUGUAACUAAUCGUGUAGGAGAUUUUGGUUUAUUAUUAGGAAUUUUAGGUUUUUAUUGGAUAACCGGUAGUUUUGAAUUUCAGGAUUUAUUCGAAAUAUUCAAUAACUUGAUUUAUAAUAAUCAAGUUAAUUCUCCAUUUGUUACUUUGUGUGCUGCUCUAUUAUUUGCCGGUGCAGUUGCUAAAUCUGCACAAUUUCCCCUUCAUGUAUGGUUACCUGAUGCUAUGGAGGGACCCACUCCUAUUUCCGCUCUUAUACAUGCUGCUACUAUGGUAGCAGCGGGGAUUUUUCUUGUAGCUCGUCUUCUUCCUCUUUUCAUAGUUAUACCUUAUAUAAUGAAUUUUAUCUCGUUGAUAGGCAUAAUCACAGUAUUAUUAGGAGCUACUUUAGCUCUUGCUCAAAAAGACAUUAAGAGGGGUUUAGCCUAUUCGACAAUGUCUCAAUUGGGUUAUAUGAUGUUAGCUCUAGGAAUGGGGUCUUAUCGAAGUGCUUUAUUUCAUUUGAUUACUCAUGCUUAUUCCAAAGCAUUAUUAUUUUUAGGGUCCGGAUCCGUUAUUCAUUCAAUGGAAACUAUUGUUGGCUAUUCUCCGGAUAAAAGUCAGAAUAUGGUUCUUAUGGGUGGUUUAAGAAAACAUGUACCGAUUACCAAAACCUCUUUUUUAUUAGGUACACUUUCUCUUUGUGGUAUUCCGCCUCUGGCUUGUUUUUGGUCAAAAGAUGAAAUCCUUAAUGAGAGUUGGUUGUAUUCGCCGAUUUUCGCAAUAAUAGCUUGGGCCACAGCAGGAUUAACUGCAUUUUAUAUGUUUCGGAUCUAUUUACUUACUUUUGAGGGGCAUUUAAACGUUCAUUUUCAAAAUUACAGUGGCAACCAAAAUGCCUCUUUAUAUUCAAUAUCUCUAUGGGGUAAGGGGUGUUCAAAAAGAAUUAACAAAAAUUUUCUUUUAUUAAAAAUGAAUAAUAAUGAAAGUUCGUCUUUUUUUUCGAAAAACACAUACCGAAGUGAUGAGAAUGUAAGAAAAAGAAAUAGGGGACGUCCUUUUAUUAAUAUUGUGGAUUUUUAUAAUCAAAAGUCUUUUUCCUAUCCUUAUGAAUCGGAUAAUACUAUGUUAUUUCCUUUACUUGUAUUAGUCCUAUUUACUUUGUUUGUUGGAAUUCUAGGAAUUCCUUUUAAUCAAGAAGGAAGGGAUUUAGAUAUAUUAUCCAAAUGGUUAGCUCCGUCUAUUAACCUUUUACAUCAAAAGUCAGAGGAUUCGACAGAUUGGUAUGAAUUUUUGAAAAAUGCAAUUUUUUCAGUCAGUAUAGCUUCUUUUGGAAUAUUUCUAGCGUCCUUUUUAUAUAAACCUAUUUAUUCCUCUUUCAAAAAUUUCGACUUAAUUAAUUUAUUUGUUAAAACAGGUCCGAAGAGAAGUCGUUGGGACAAAAUUAUAAACAUCCUAUAUAAUUGGUCAUAUAAUCGUGCUUAUAUAGAUACUUUUUAUACAACAUCCUUUACUGGGGCGAUAAGAGGAUUAGCUCAAUUAACUGAUUUUUUUGAUAGACGAGUAAUUGAUGGAAUUACGAAUGGGGUUGGUGUUAUGAGUUUCUUUGUAGGAGAAGGUAUCAAAUAUGUAGGGGGUGGUCGCAUUUCUUCUUAUCUUUUCGUCUAUUUCUCUUGUGUAUCAAUUUUUUUAUUAGUUUAUUACUUUAUACUUUUUGAUCUUACUUUUGAAUCAUUUAUUUAG